GUCUCAUUCUUUUUUUCUUUUUCUUCUUUUGUCCGGGGUUUCAUAUUUAUCUCUACCUUUAUUAUAAAAGUCAUCCAUGACCUAACAACUGUAAUGAACGAUACUCAACAGUUAUAUACGGAAGCAUCCCACUUACUGGAAAAUGGUCUUACAAAGGAUGCAUAUAUGAAAUUCAUCAACACUGUGGAAUUAUCUACUCAACAACUAUAUGCAGUCAAGUUUGUCCAUCAAACUCUAGUCUCCACACCUGCAGAAUAUGACAAGUUACUAUCAACUAUAAGAUCUAGUCUAACUCAACUAGAACAUAUAGUUGUACAGACUUCCUUUCACACAAAAUCGCCACCUCCUUUACCGCCAAAACCUAUUCUUCCACCAAAACCUACAUCGAAACGCCCAGUUCCUCCACUACCACCAUUAGCUAUUAAUACAAACGAUCUGUCAUCAACACAAAGGCGAUCACGAGCAAAUUCAUCAGUUACUUUUGCAGACCGAGCUACUAAUCCUUAUAUGGAUGAUGAAGAAGAGGAAGAUGACGAAGAAGAAUCAAUUAUGAAUACAUUGAAAUUCACUGGUUCUGAAAAAUCAUCAUACCCUCUUCCAUUACCACAACAAAGACCAACAUCACAUUCAUCUACAGAAGAUACCAGUUGUUUUAUCAUUGAUCCAUAUGACCUUGUACCAGCACAGACAAAUACGGGUGAAAGUAUGGCCUUACCGAUUUCUCCCACCACAUCAACGGAUUUUUAUAUUCCGAAUAUUCCUGCACCACCUUUACUUGGAAUGCAUCGACAACUUCAGCAUCAAUUAGAUCAAUUAUUGGCUCAACAAUCAUGCGAUGAACAACAAACAACUUCCAUUGCUACUGUACGACGACUUCUCAAUAAUGUUCGCACUGUUUACAUGAGUGCUAUGACAGUUCCCACUAUCUUGGAAUUCUCACCACAACUCGUUGCUUAUCAACUUACUUUGAUUGAAUCUGCUAUCUUUCGUGCCAUUCCUCCAGAAGCAUUACAACAACAUCGUGCCAUCUCCAAAUCACCGCAUCCCAACAUUGUUGCUUCGACAGAUUUUUUCAACUAUUUGACUCGAUCUAUUGAACACGCCAUUUUACUUCCUCAAGAAGCAUCCCAUCGAGCAGAAGUAGUUCAUCGUUGGAUCAAAAUUGCCACUCAAUGUCUUGCUUUGAACAAUUAUCAAACUCUCAAAGCCAUUGUCUCUGCUCUUGGUACUCCUCCUAUUCAACGUCUGAAACGAACGUGGGAAUGUAUACCAAAGAAACGAAUGAAUCGAUUGGAAGUUUUAACUGGUUUAAUGUGUGAAGCCGACAAUUACAGCCGUUACCGUGAACAUAUUCGAACUCUUAUUCCCAACAAUCAUCCUGACCAACGGCUUGAUCAAUCCAUAGUACCAUUUUUAGGUGUUCUUAUUCAUGACAUGACUUAUGUAUUGACAGCCAAAGCGACAACACCUACGUUGCCAACUACUACAGCGGAUACCAUAAAAGAUGCUCGAAUUCAAGAAAUUCUCGACUGGAUGCGAACUUUUCAACGAUCACCACCUUAUAGUCUUCGACCUCCAUCCCAUCACACCAAGAAAAAAAAUAAAUUCUUCUUACGACAAGCUCAGGCUUUACAACAAUAUUAUACACCAUCUAAAGCAUCCUCCACCACUCCAACUACAACAACUGCACCUACAUUAUCUCAUGUUCAACCAUCUUUGGGACUUCAAACUGUAUCUUCAGAUCCUAGUGGUCUUCUUCUAUCCGAUUCAUCCGAUAAUAUAGAUUCACAAGAACAAGAUCAUCUGGAACAACAACGGAUUACUCAUUAUUUGCUAAUGCGACCUUGGGUGAAUGAAAAAAUCAUAGAUGAACUCAGUCAAUUACGGGAAGCACCUCGACGAACCAUGACGGCUAUAGGAAACGGUCAUUCGCUGGCACGAACCAACAGUUUCAACAGUAUACUUAGUCAUUCAACAAGUGCAAGAACCAGUUAUCAACAUCAUUAUGAUAGCAUGCUUAGUACGACCAGUAGUGGAAGUCAUAUGUCGGAUGAUUAUCCAAGAAGUCCAACCUCACCUUUUUUAUUGGAUGAUCAACAACAUCCAUCUCUUCGACGAUCACUUGGAUCUUUUUGGCCAUGGCGAAAAAGUGGUGAAAUAGCUAAACACAACAUGAUGGACAGUCCACCAGCAACGAACAGUAACACUAGUAGUAUUAUCAGCAAUAGUUCUAUGGAUGAUCGAAUAUUGGCAACAACGGAUCAUCGAUCCUCACCUCCUCCUACUCCUCGUCGUAAGGUACAUCCUUCUCUUACAAUGUCACAUCAUCAACGAACUUCUUCUGUCCCUGGUACCACUAUGUGAUAUAUAACUUUUUUAUUUAUUUAUGUCUGCCUUUUUUUAUUAUUAUUUUUUUUAUUUUCCCUAUGUAUUUCUAUGUGUAUGAUAUUUUUCUUUAUUUUAAUUUCAUUUUGUAUUAUUUCAUAUUAGUCGAAUAAAUUUUAUUAUUCUUUUUUUCCUUUCC